AUGCUAGGCUCUCUUCUCAACCUCGUCAUCGCCUCUGCGAUUGGCGUCGCGGCCCUGCCGAGCAGUGACAAGCUCAACUUUCUGGCUGAGCGCGGUGUCUUUGCGCCUAUCGCGACGAGCAACCCUUCGGGCAUUUCUGGUGGCACCGUCCAGACUGCGCCGGAUGGAGCUCCGGUUUCUUCAUUCUUUGCUGGAUUGAAGCCUCCGUACCCAACCAACUCGUGGUGGGCUUCAUACGCCGCAACGCCAGGAAACGGCACCGCCUCGGGCCCGUUCCCGUACGAGUCCCAGCUCGACGGCUACGGCAUCAACUUUGGCGUCAGCAACAGCCGCCAGUUCGACGGCACGUCCAUCAAGCAGCCCACGCAGAAUGACUGGCGCGCCGGCUUCGUCGAGCACUCGGGCGCCUUUGCCAAUCACAAGGCCACGGCGUUUGAUACGCACUCGGUGACGGUGCAGUACUUCCAGGGAGGCGCCUCCUUGACGUCGCCUCUGAUUCCGGGAUCGCCCUACAUUACGCUUCAGUACAAUGCUGCGACGCCGCUGCUGACGUCGCGGAACGGCGGCAUUGCGUCUUUCAACGGACAGUCCAUUGCUAACGGACAGAGUGACUCAGUCUCCGCCACCGGCACCGAGUUCACCGUCGUCGACACCACCGGCACAACGUACCUCAUCUACGCGCUCUCCUCCAUCACCCUCAAGGCCACCGCCACCAACAGCGCCGUCGGCACCAUCCAGGCCAGCGGCACCUUCACCGGCGUCCUGCGAGUGGUCAGACUCGUUCAGAGCAGCCACAAGGCUCUCCUCGACCAGUACUCCAGCGUUUACCCGACGGGAGUGAGCCUCGACUACAGCUUCACCACCACGCAGGGCACUCUCAUCUUCAACUACGCCACUGUCGGAGCCGGCGCCAAUCUGCUGAUGUUGACGUGGCCGCACCACCGUUUGUCGCUGCAGAGCCCCAACUCUCCUCCUACUUCGUCGCUGGGUUAUCUUACCACAAAGGGAUGGAUGUACCCAACUCUCGGCAACCAGUGGAAGCUGCUGUAUAACCUGAGCAGCAUCACCUGGAACCCUCCUCGAGCCCUCGACUCUUCCUGCAACUCUGCUGUUAUCCAGGGUCUCCAGUACGAGAUUGGCCAGCUGAACGUGGCAAACGCGCCCAUUCCCAACGAGUUCUACUACUGGGGCGGCACUCUGGCUGCCCAAGCCCGUCUUGCCCUCAUUGCUGAAGCCGUGGGACAAACCGCUCUCAUUCCCAAUGUCACAAACUACCUCAAGGCGUCCUUCAACAACUGGUUUGCCCCUACCACCGGAGCCUUCCCUGCGUACGAAACCUCCUGGGGCGGUGUUGUCGACAAGGCCGGUGCAGCCAACUCUGGCAUUGAUUUCGGCAACGGUUACUACAACGAUCACCACUUCCACUACGGAUACUUCCUGACUGUUGCUGCUGUCAUUGCUAAGUACGACUCUUCGUGGCUGGCUCAGCACAAGGACUUUAUCAACUGGUUUGCUCGUGAUAUCAUCAACCCCUCUUCCCAGGACCCCUACUUCCCCGUCACCCGCUGCCGUGACUGGUUCGCAGGCCACUCCUGGGCCUCUGGUAUUGCCAACGGAGCCGGCAGCCGUGAUCAGGAAUCCACCGGCGAGGCCAUCAACGGCUACUACGGCGCCCUCCUCUGGGCCACCGUUGCUCUCUCCCAGGACUACGUCAACUACGCCAAGCUGCUCGUUGCGACUGAGCAGCAGGGCGCCCAGGUCUACUGGCACCUGUACCCCCAGCAGAGCUCGACUGAUCCCAACAACCCCUACCCCGAGGCCGCCGUCCGAAACUUGGUUACGAUGGGCAAUGUCGAGGACUGGCAGUCUGGUGCUUGGCUGUUCUGGGGCGCUGAGAAGAGCGAGAUUGCAGCCAUUCAGAUGCUGCCUAUCACGCCCAUCAACGAGGCGCUGUAUGACACUCAGUGGGUGAACAAUGUUUGGUCGUAUGCUCAAAACGAGAUUGUCGACCCAACCAUUGCCGAUGACUGGCGAUGCGUUUUGAUUGCUGCCUACUCCAACGCCAAUCCCCAGACUGCCGCUGCCUGGAGCGCCAACCUCACUACCUGGGGCUCUGGAAACACCUUCUCCAACGAGCUCUUCUUCAUCGGCACCCGCCCCAACCCCAGCGGCCAGCCCAUUUGCGGCUCCAACUUCCCCCAGAACCCCUACGGCACCUUCAAGAUCCAGGCCGCCACCUCCGGCCAAUGGGUUGUCUCCUCCACUGCCUCGUCCAACCUCGUUGCCUCUGGCUCUCAGGCCAACGCCGGCGUCUUCGUCAGCUCCUACACGCCCAACGCCGGCAACCUCAAGCUCACCAGCAACAACCAGUUCGUCACCGCCGACUCGUCUGGUAACUUUACCCUUCAGGCUGCUCGUGCCACGGCUUCUUCGUGGGAGGUCUUUACGAUCCGCCAGAAGAUUGGCGCGGCCAGCGGCGUGUACACCAUCAAGGCUGGCAGCAACGGCAAGUGGGUUACGCUGGCUGGCGAUGGAUCUCUGGUCAACAAUGGCGCCACGGAGUCUUCUGGUGCGGGCUUCAAGUUUGUUGCUUCAUAA